CCUCCGCGGCUUGCGGGAAAAAACGCGCAGGUUGUGCAAAAGUGGCUGAUUGUGCCGGCUCGCCUUUCUCUGGCGGCGGCUUUGCGAGGCACCCUCGGAGAUGUGACCGCCUCCCAUAGGCCGGCUGUGCGGAUUGUUACUCUUCUUUCUUUCUUCUUCUUCUUCUCUUCAGCAGCAGCAGCAGCAGCAGCUGGACCCAGCGACCUUUUCUGUGGGCGGAACAUGCUUUAAAACUCUUCUGCCCAAGCCAGCGACUACCUGUGAGUCACCAUGGCAAGCAAGCAACCUCCCCCUCUGAUGAAGAAGCACAGCCAGACAGACCUUGUGAGCCGCCUGAAGACACGCAAGAUCCUAGGGGUUGGGGGGGAGGAUGAUGAUGGAGAAGUUCAUAGGUCAAAGAUCAGCCAAGUCUUGGGCAAUGAAAUCAAGUUUGCUGUGAAGGAACCCUUAGGGCUCAGGGUUUGGCAGUUUGUGACAGCUGUCAUGUUUUCCGGGGUUGCCAUCAUGGCUCUUGCCUUUCCUGAACAGCUCUACGAUACUGUCUUUGAGGAAGAGUCGGUCAACAGCAAGACACCUAUCCGUCUGUAUGGAGGAGCCUUACUAAGUAUCUCCCUCAUCAUGUGGAAUGCCUUGUACACAGCUGAGAAGAUCAUAAUGCGUUGGACUCUGCUGACAGAAGCAUGUUACUUUGGAGUACAGUUCUUGGUCACCAGCAUCACCCUGGUUGAGAGCGGCCGGGGGUCCACGGGAGCCACACUGCUCCUCAUCAGUCGGGUCCUCUUUGUAAUUAUCAGCUUUUAUUAUUAUUACCAACUUGGACGCAGACCCAAGAAAGUCUAACCUCCAGGACUGCUGAGGGCUGGUGCAGAGAGGGGCCUGUCAUAAUUUCUGCAUUCCUUUUGCUCAUUUUUGUGGGGCUUUCUUUCUUCCUUUC